AUGCCUCUCUUUGUGCUCUCGCCUGCCUCUCUUGUCCACUCGGCUAUUUUCGCGGGAUACUACUCGUACCUUUCUACGAAAACGGCUAUCCGUCGCCACGUAACCGGCAAGGACAACACUGCUCUUUCGGAGAAGGAUGAUGCUGUGUACCGUGCGUCGCGCGUCCAUGGCAACUUCGCAGAGUACACGCCCUUCACGAUCACUCUCUUGUUUCUUGCUGAGCUCAACGGUGCACCAACUGCCUGGGUCCAUGCGGCUUACUCGACACUCUUUGUGGCUCGUGUAGCUCACAGCUUCGCUUUGACUCGCCCCCACACCAAGUUCUCCAAACCGAUGCGUGCCAUUGGCUUCUUUGGUACGAUUGCUGUGAUCCUUGGUGCUGGCUUGUACAACUUGGGCCUGGGCUAUGAGCCGCUCAAGUCCUUCCUGGGCAUUCAGUAA